GUCGGAGCGUCCCUCCUUUAUGCACUCGCCCUCGCUUUCCGAGUACCUGCGGAGGAUGCUACAUUAUGCACAGAUGGACAUAGACUACACCUUUGCGCAGAUGCUUUACUUGUGCAUUGCGCCGAGGAAAGUGUACCAGCUCACAUCAUAUAGGAAACAGACGAAGAAUCAGUGGGCAAGGGAUGACCCUGCUUUCGUCGUGGUACUGAUGUUCUUUCUCACCGUCGCAGCAAUUGCAUACGGCAUAGCUUUCCAAGCGAAAGGCACGGCUUUCUUGCACAUCGUGUUGCACUUCGUUUUUGGUCAUUUCGUCAUCCUCGGAGUGCUGAUUUCCAGCGUUUCAUGGUUUGUCGCGAACAAUUACAUGCGGGCCCAGUCGUUCCAUGGGGUGGAGCAGAAGAUGGAGUGGAUGUACGCCUUUGACAUCCAUUGCAAUUCGUUCUUUCCGCUGUUCUUGGUGCUUUAUGUCUUGCAUUACUUCAUGCUGCCUUUCGUGAUGCAGCCCAGCUUUGCCGCAGCCAUGCUAAGCAACUUGCUCUAUGCUGCGGCGUUGUGUUAUUACUUGUACAUCAUGUCCUUAGGGUACAGCGUGUUACCUUUUUUGGAAAGGACCGAGGUGAUAUUGUAUCCAUCAGGUGUUGUGAUACUCUUGGCGUUGAUUUUGAGUUUUCUGCGUGUCAACUUGUCGAACGUGUCGUACCAUUAUGUCGGCAUGUGA